AAGGAGGCCCCCCUGUCUUGAUGUUGCUGGCAAAAGGCUGAGGCCAUGGGACCAAAAAGGUCCACCUUCUCUCCGCCCCUAGAUUACUUAUUACCUAAUCUCCGUCUACAACUGAACAGCUUUAAAUCUCUCAAAACCGCCAUUGAGACAGAGAGAUAUUCGUAAACCGAACAUGAUGGCCGCCGGAACGUGUUUUUUUGCAGUUGGAUUUUGGCCCGCGGUGGUUCGUUCUUGCAUAACGCCAUCAUCGUCAUCCGGUAAAGUGAAAUCGAAUUCUGCUCCAUAUCAGACUCGGCGAUUUGCAGUUGCGCAAAUAUCAACCGGAACAGUAAGUGCAACGGCGAAGACGACGAGUUUCGCAGAGAAUGGAAGGAUGGAGAUGGAACGGUUAGAAGAAGAAAGAGCGAAAAUAAAAGAGAAGAAAAGUCCAUUAAUUUGGGAGUUAGCCGAAGCAGAAAUGAAGAGUAGAAAGAGCUUGAAGGAUUAUUUUGAAGAGUCGAAGGAUUUGAUCAGAUCGGAUGGCAGUCCACCACGUUGGUUGUCUCCGUUGGAGUGUGGAUCGCGCUUGGAUAAGUCUCCUCUCCUCCUCUAUUUACCCGGGAUUGAUGGGGUUGGGCUGGGCCUAAUUAGACAACAUCAUAGUCUUGGAAAGCUUUUCGACAUAUGGUGCUUGCAUAUUCCAGUCAAGGAUAGAACACCGUUUACAGACUUAGUGAAGCUGGUUGAACGGACAGUUAAAUCAGAACAUCAACGUUCACCUGACAGACCAAUAUAUCUUGUUGGGGAAUCUCUGGGAGCAUGCCUCGCACUUGCUGUUGCAGCUCUUAACCCUGACAUCGAUCUUGUGCUUAUUUUGGCUAAUCCAGGAACAUCUUUUAAGAAGUCACAGCUGGCACCUCUUGUACCUUUAUUAGCAGUCAUACCUGAUGAACUAGAGCUUCGCCUUCCUUAUGUGCUGAGCUUGAUGACAGGUGACCCUUUGAAGGCAGUGACAGAUAACGUGAUGAAGAGAGUUCCCCUACAACAGUUACUUGGAGAGCUGUUUCAGGAUUUCACCACAGCAUCAUCUUACCUAUCUGUCUUGAGUGAUAUGUUUCCGAGAGAAACAAUUCUUUGGAAGCUAAAGCAGCUUAAAUCAGCUUCAGAAUUUGCCAAUUCACGCCUCCAUGCUGUAUAUGCUCAAACGCUAAUACUCUCCAGUGGAAAUGACAAGUUGCUACCAAGUCAAGGGGAAGGUGAAAGACUUCACCAUCUGCUGCCGAAAUGUGAGUUACGUGGGUUUUAUGGUAGUGGUCAUUUCCUCUUCUUGUGCAAUUGUCAUUUCUUGUUCGCGGCAGCAGCAAUCUUUAAUACCAAAAGCCUUGGAACACAGCAUUUAAGGUGGAUUGAAGAUGUUGUAAGCCCUGUAAUGUUCUCUACAUUUGAAGAUGGAAAGAUAGUUCCGGGUCUUGCAGGAAUUCCUUCAGAAGGUCCAGUCUUGUUCAUUGGCUAUCACAUGUUAAUGGGAAUUGAUUUAUAUCCAAUGUUGGCCCAAUUUCUUAUAGAAAGAAAUAUUCUUUUGAGAGGAAUAGCACAUCCAUCGAAUUUUAUGAGACUGAGAGAAGGACCAUUGCCUCCAAUUUCACAAUUUGACAGAGUCAGACAUCUGGGUGCAGUUCCUGUUUCAGGAAACCUUCUCUAUAAACUUCUGUCUUCAAAGGCUCAUGUACUGUUGUACCCAGGUGGUGUGCGUGAGACCUGUCAUCGGAAGGGUGAGGAAUACAAAUUAUUCUGGCCAGAACAGUCUGAGUUUGUCAGGAUGGCAGCUCGGUUUGGAGCUAAGAUUGUGCCAUUUGGCGUUGUUGGAGAAGAUGAUUUUUUUGAAGUAGUUUUUGACUAUGAUGACCAAAUGAAGGUUCCUUUCCUUAGGGAUUACAUAAAAGCGAUAGCAGAGCAGACUAAGAGUGUGAGGACUGAAGUACAUGGUGAAGCGGGAAACCAAGAUAUGUACGUUCCAGGAGUUCUACCAAAACUUCCAGGAAGAUUAUAUUAUUAUUUUGGGAAACCAAUCGAAACCGAAGGAAGGAGGACGGAAUUGAAAGACAGAGAGAAAGCUCAAGAAUUGUACUUACAAGUGAAGACUGAAGUGGAGAAAUGCCUUACUUUAAUGAAGGAGAAAAGAAAAAGUGAUCCUUACAGGAAUAUACUUACUCGUAUGGUUUACCAGGCUAAUCAUGGAUAUUCUUCUGAGAUUCCAACGUUUGAGUUUUGACUGUUCUGCACAAUGAAGGUUUUGAUUAUUUUCUGUAAUUCUCAAAUAAUUAAGCUUUGGAAGAAGAAAAAGAAGACUGCCCUUCACUUCAAGGCAGCCCAUAGCAAAAAAUUGUGAUUCUUGUGAAUAGUGAUUUUCUAUUUGCUCAUUUCGCAUCGAGAAACACAGUAGACUGACUGGAGAUUAAGAAAAGUUGAUCAUUAGGAAUAUGUAAUAUUUAUAUUUCUGUAAAUGUAACAUUUUAUUAUGUAUCAAUCAAUAUCAAAUGGCCUGUACUGUGUGGCUAGAUUUAUUCACGCCACUACAAAAUUCAUUUGAUUACUCUGUCCUGUAAUUUGUAUCGCACAUGGGAAAGUGAUAUCCAAUGAAGUAUCAUUUGUUCUUUUCUUUUCUA